AGAUCGGAUGAAUGAAAUGAAAUCAAAACAGGCACCUCUCUCACCUGGCUCUGCCCUCUGUCAAAGCUUCUACUCAGCUCAAAAGUAGAUGCCCUAAGUGCCAUUGUCCAUUUUCAUUGUUCGAUCGGAACCUCACUUUCUUCAUCUCUCUUUCGUUCAAUGGGAAAGACGAGGACUAUCAGAUGCAUGUAGCUCAGUUGCAUUAGAGCUGGUUGUCAUGGGUGGCAUUUCCUGUUUUCAUAGUCAGUUUUGAGUUUAAACCUUUUAAAGACAAAUUUGGGUCUGAAUUGUGUGGUUCAAGUUUAUUGUGGUAAAAACAGUUACUAAGCAUAUAGCAGUUAUGUUAUUCAUCGGUAAUCGACCUUCCUGAUAUACCUGAUGUACGUAUCCUUUCAUUAUAAAUAUUAAAUUGGUUCCAUUAUCGCUGGAAAUACUAAGCACAUAGAAUUGGCGACAUUUUUCAGUGAAACUGGAUGUCUUGAAUGUAUCUACUUUUGGAGUCAGUUUUUUGGACCAAAUAUUCCAAAUUUACUGUUGACAGAAAGUGUUGGAGUAGUGGUAUUUGUGAUUUUAGCUCUAGUAUCUAGAUAUUUCUGAGACUGAGCAUAUGGAUGCUUCCCCUGCCCAAGAGAGUAAUCGGACUAGGAAAAGUUCUAGUCCUAAACAGAAUAUUUUAGAAGAGGCCAGAAAACUUUCUGAAAGUGUGUGUAGCGAAUCGUCAGAGCAGAAACGUCACUCUGAAAACGGACAGCAUGAGCCAGCAGAAAUCGGCCCUGUGCUAUCCAAUUGUAUUGUUACUGAACAGUCAGAACUGCCUCCAGAAGAUGUGGGUGAAACAAUAUUAGGAUUGCCUCCAGCAGAUGUGACCAAGAAUACUCUUACUGAACAUUUGGGAUUGCCUCCAGAAGAUGCAAUCAAGAAUGAUGGAACUGAACAAUUGGGGUUAUUUCCUGAAGUUGUGACCAAGAGUUCUAUUAUUGAAAAAUUAGGACAAUCAGAACCACCUCCUGAAAAUGUGGCCCGGUAUUCUGGUCUUGACCAGUCAGGGUCAGCACCCAAAGAUUUGGCCAAUAAAAGAACUGCAAAACUAGUUAAAAGAAAAUAUAAAUUGAGAUCUUCAGUAAGCGGUUCCCGGGUUUUACGCUCAAGGUCACAAGAGAAACCUAAAGCUUCACAGCCAAGUGAUAAUUUUGUAAAUGCCAGUGCUAGCAGAGAAAGGAAAGGAAGAAAGAAGAAAAGGAUGAAUAAAACAACUGCAGAUGAAUUUGUGAGAAUCAGGAAACAUCUUAGAUAUUUACUGAACAGAAUGAGCUAUGAGCAAAAUCUGAUUGAUGCUUAUUCUGCCGAAGGUUGGAAAGGACAAAGCGUGGAAAAAUUAAAGCCAGAGAAGGAACUUCAACGUGCUUCAUCUGAAAUUUCUCGUCGCAAACUGAAAAUACGUGAUCUAUUUCAACAUCUUGAUUCAUUAUGUGCUGAAGGAAGGUUUCCAGAAUCUUUAUUUGAUUCUGAAGGGCAGAUUGACAGUGAGGAUAUAUUCUGUGCUAAAUGUGAGUCCAAAGACAUGUCUGCUGAUAAUGACAUAAUACUCUGCGACGGUGCUUGUGAUCGUGGAUUUCACCAGUUUUGUCUGGAACCGCCAUUGUUAAAAGAAGAAAUUCCUCCUGAUGACGAGGGUUGGCUGUGCCCUGCAUGUGAUUGCAAAGUUGACUGCAUGGACCUGCUUAAUGACUCUCAAGGAACAAAACUUUCUGUAAUUGAUAGCUGGGAGAAGGUUUUUCCUGAGGCAGCUGCAGCUGGGAAUAACCGGGAUAACAACUCUGGAUUUUCAUCAGAUGAUUCUGAGGAUAAUGAUUAUGACCCCGAUUGUCCAGAGGUUGAUGAGAAGGGUCAGGGAGAUAAGUCAAGUUCUGAUAAAUUUGAUGAAUCUGAUGAAUUUGACGAAUCUGAUGAAUCUGAUUUCACUUCUGCAUCUGAUGAUAUGGUGGUCUCACCGAAUAAUGAGCAGUGUUUGGGGCUUCCUUCUGAUGAUUCAGAGGAUGAUGAUUAUGAUCCUGAUGCUCCAGAAAUUGAUGAACAGGUUAAUCAGGGGAGUUCAAGUUCUGAUUUUACAUCUGACUCCGAGGAUUUUACUGCCACUUUAGAUCGUAGAAACUUCUCUGACAAUGAGGAUGGUCUUGAUGAGCAAAGAAGAUUCGGUAGGAAUAAAGAUACUUUAAAGGAUGAGCUCUUAUCCGUGUUAGAGUCAAAUUCUGGUCAAGAUAAUGCACCUCUGUCUGCAAAGAGACAUGUAGAAAGGCUGGAUUACAAAAAACUGCAUGAUGAGGCAUAUGGAAAUGUUUCUUCUGAUUCAAGUGAUGAUGAAGACUGGACAGAGAAUGUUAUACCAAGAAAGAGGAAGAAUCUUAGUGGUAAUGUUGACUCAGUGUCACCAAAUGGAAACACUUCAAUCACUGAGAAUGGGACAAAUACCAAGGACAUAAAGCACGACUUGGAAGCAGCUCGACGCACUCCCAAGCGAAGAACUCGUCAGAAGCUGAACCUUGAAAGCACAAAUAAUUCACUUGCUGAGUCACAUAAAGGUUCUCGAAGUCCUGGUUCUACUGGUGAAAAAAGUAGGCAAUCAUCAUAUAAAAAACUUGGAGAAGCUGUAACUGAGGAGGCAUAUGGAAAUGUUUCUUCUGAUUCAAGUGAUGAUGAAGACUGGACAGAGAAUGUUAUACCAAGAAAGAGGAAGAAUCUUAGUGGUAAUGUUGACUCAGUGUUACCAAAUGGAAACACUUCAAUCACUGAGAAUGGGACAAAUACCAAGGACAUAAAGCACGACUUGGAAGCAGCUGGACGCACUCCCAAGCGAAGAACUCGUCAGAAGCUGAACUUUGAAAGCACAAAUAAUUCACUUGCUGAGUCACAUAAAGAUUCUCGAAGUCCUGGUUCUACUGGUGAAAAAAGCGGGCAAUCAUCAUAUAAAAAACUUGGAGAAGCUGUAACUGAGAGACUCUACAAAUCCUUCCAAGAAAAUCAGUACCCUGAUCGUGCUAUGAAAGAAAAAUUGGCAGAAGAGCUGGGAAUAACGAGCCGGCAGGUUAGCAAAUGGUUUGAGAAUGCCCGUUGGAGCUUUCGCCAUCGACCACCCAAGGAAGCCAGUGCGGGUAAAAGUGCUGUGAAAAAGGAUGCAUCCACGUCUCAAACAGAUCAAAAGCCUGAGCAAGAAGUGGUUCUUAAAGAAAGUUCUCACAAUGGAGUGGGAAAAAAGGAGUCGCCCAAAGCAGGUGCUUCGAAGGUAGAUCGCAGCAAGGAAGCCAAUGCAGGUAAAAGUGCUGUGAAAAAGGAUGCAUCCACGUCUCAAACAGAUCAAAAGCCUGAGCAAGAAGUGGUUAUUAAAGAAAGUUCUCACAAUGGAGUGGGAAAAAAGGAGUCGACCAAAGCAGGUGCUUCGAAGGUAGACCGCUGCAGUGGAGCUAAGAGGAGAAGGAAAUUGGCAACUGAUGGAAGCCAUAGACAGAAAUCUUCAACUCCCAACUCUACAAGACAAAAGACAAAGUCAAAUCAUGAAGCAUCUGAGGCAACCAAUGGAAGCAGCAGACAGAAUUCUUCUACUCCCAAGUCCAGAAGGCAAAAGACUAAGUUAGCUGGUGAAGCGUCUGAGGCAACUGGUGGAAGCAGUAGACAGAAUUCGUCAACCCCAAAUUCUAAAAGGCGAAAAACCAAGUCAGAUCAUGAAGCAUCUAAUCCGGUCUUAAGCGGUAAGAAGAUAGCAAAGACGGCAAAGAGCUCAUCUGGCACACCAAAAACAAAGGAAAAGCUAAGUGACAGAAUCCAAACGAGAAGUAGGAAAUCUAUUGCUUGAGAAUUUGAGCUUUGAUCAUCUGAAAGAAAACUAAUUUUUGCUGGUUUUAUUACUUGUAAGAGCAAGAUCUCAUGGGAAGAGCUGCCAGAGUUAAUUUUCAAGGAUUCACUUUUCCUCGGAAGGUUGUCCCAAUUGUUGAUCGGUAAUUUUAAAAAGGAUAGUUCUUUUUCAUGUGGGUUGCCUUGAACUCAUCUUAUAUUAGAGCUAAAUAAAGCUGUUCAGCUAAACUAAAAUCUCUUUUUGCUCGCAACGCAUCCUAUAAAUACUAUUGUUCUUUUAGAA